AUGGAGCGCUCACAGCAAGAUCGCCUUGGACCAAGACACGAUGGCACGUCACGUAUACAAAAAUCAGAGUCGGCAGCAGAGCGCCUUGCCGCUCUCAAGGCUCGAGUGUCCGCGGCUAUCGACACUAGUAAGGCAAAAGGAGGCCUCAAUGUAGGUCUGCACCCUGCUUUGGAGGACCUGGGGUCGUGGAAACCUGCAACAAAGGGCAAAGACGCCGCCAAACCAUCCUCGCUACACAAAAACGACGCAUACCGGACACUGAACGACCCGAGAGCCCAGAGCCCCGGCAUUCUGGGCGCUGACGGCAAGAACCCCUACCUUGACACGAAGGCAUCCUCUCAACACAAUGUGGGCAAGCCACGCGAAUCUCGGCAGCUCAUCUUCAAUCAAAAAGGAAAAUAUAUCCAACAAGGUGCUGCUCUAAGACGACAAGCGGCCCUCGAGGCGAUGAAAAAGCGCAUCGCGGAACAGACGCGAAAAGCUGGCAUUGACGAUGAUCUCGAUGUGGAAAAGAAUUUUGUCGUGGACGCACCGCCCGAUAUUGAGUGGUGGGACGAGGGUUUGGUCAACGGGUCAAAUUACGACGACAUUGAGAACUCUUACAACCUGAAGAUCAACAGCCCCGACUCGAUUAUCACAGAGUACAUCCAACAUCCCGUACAAUUGCAGCCAGCGCAAGACAAGCAGGCGCCGCGUGAGGCAACUCUGUAUCUUACGUCAAAGGAGCAAGCCAAGAUUCGUCGGCAACGCAGAAUGGCUGAGCUCAAGGAAAAGCAAACCAAGAUUGGACUGGGCCUAGUGCCUGCGCCACCAGACAAGGUGAAAAAGGGCAAUUUGAUGCGUGUGCUCGGCGAUGUGGCUGUGAAAGACCCUACAGCAGUAGAGGCGCGAGUGAAUCGUGAAAUCGCCGAAAGACACCAGCAGCAUGUCGAUAUGAACGAGGAGCGGAAGCUCUCGAAAGAGCAACGCCACGAGAAGCUCAAGUCGAAACAAGAGAAGGAUGCCGGCAAGGGUAUCCAUGUUCUUGUCUUCAAGAUCAACAGCUUGGCGAAUGGACAGCAUCGCUACAAAAUUGGUGUUAACGCGGAGCAACUCAAUUUGACUGGCACGUGCAUCAUGCACCCAAAGUUCAACCUGGUUGUCGUGGAAGGCGGAGAGCACAGUGCGAACAAGUUCAAAAAGCUCAUGCUCAAUCGCAUUGAUUGGACGGAAAACUCCCCUUCUCGUGAAAAGGAUGGCAAUCGGGGCGUCGUCAGAGACUGGCUACUUGCCGAGAACGAGAGAGGUGAACUAAAAGACAUGUCGCUGAACGAGUGCAAAUUGGUCUUCGAUGGCGAGGAGAAGGAUCGCGGCUUCAGCAAAUGGGGUAGCCGCGUGUGCGAAAAUGAUGCCGAGGCGAGGGAUGUGCUGUCGAGGGCGAAGAUGGAGAACUUCUGGUCGCUCGCCAAAGCGUUCACUUGA